AGGGUUUAAAAAGAAUUCUUGGGAGACAACGUGGCACCUUUGUAAGGUAAAAAGGUAACCGAAACUGAUAAUUGUGCAACGUAUACAAACCUUGCUCGCGUUGCUCCACUUGCUUUCGGGUUAUCAGUUGGAGUGACAAGCGGAAAUUAAAGUUGAAAUCGACACGAUUACUUCAUUAGUUGUGUUUGGAAAAGACUACCAAACAAGUGGGCGGGGGAUCAGAGGUCAGAAAGGAGUUGACAAGGUCAUCGCGGGAUGUUUAUACAUUCGGCUGUCGGAGCCGAUUGAUGGAUUGGAUUGUCAGUGGCCAUAACUAACCAAUUAGCAAUUUGCCAUUCGUAGCAGGCAAAGCCAGGCACAUCAUUGAAAGGUUGGAUCUGGUGGGUGGUGGGUGGUUGGUUUGGGUGGGAGGCAACUCAGGGUGUGGGUGCACCAAGGUGAAACGCAAUCAGAAAUAAGUGAGCCGAGCCAAGUCGAGUUAAGCUUGAAGACUUGGACCCAAUUCGAUCAGGUGCAAGCGACAGAAACAGCGAAGGAAACAUAGACAAACAGAGGCCACGUAUUCGGCGCGGGAGUACAGUAAAACCAUAAAAACUGGACAACACGGUCCUAUUUUAAGACAAAUUCUUGUUUAAUGACAAUCCUAAAAUUGGAUAAAUCAAUGUUUGCGCUUACUACAACAUAUUGGUAUUCUGGGUUGUAAAUUAGGUUUUGCCUGAAUUUAAUGGUAAACUGCUUUGGUUAAAAAUGUUAUUGGUUUUUAUAUCAGCAAAGCUCUUAAUUUUUGUGUGCCUGAAUUUUGAAUGGAACUCAGUAGAAAUUAACAUUAAGUCUUAGAGAGGACCUUUUGCUGUAUAAGGAUAAGUGUGGAACCCUGAGGAGAUGUCAUUGGUUUGGACGUAGACGAAAGCGAAAGCAAAAGGUGUAGACGCAGACAGAGACGGAGACAGAACUUCAGCGAAUAUGCCAAGGUAAUUCCUCAUUUCACCCGCUUUACAUAAUCACAACAAAUGAACGAGGAAAGGCGACGGAUGGCGAAUCUAUUAGCAUAAGGGCGCAUAAAACGGCGCCGUAGCUGGAUCCUAGCUGGAAUCCAAUAUCCAACAAGGGUACGGAUACGGAUUCGUUGAGUCAGUUGCAGUGGAACCGCGAGCCGCGAUGAACGUGUGGAAGGCAAAGGUCCUAACGGAGGUGCCGUUCGGUCAUGUCCUCAUAGUCAGUGGACGCGUCAAGCCCCAUCCAAAUAAAAUAUCUCUGGACCUCACGGACAAUGUGAAUGCGCAGAACGAGAGCGAAACGGUCUUCCUUAAGAUCGAGGCCAAUUUCCGCGAGGGUCAGAUCAUCCGGAGCAUGUUCCAGCCGGGCGAGGGAUGGCAGCAGGAGGAGAUUUCAAAGAAUUGGAAGUGUGACGGACCGAAGAAUCCACUGCAACCGGGUCAGAGUUUCACUUUCCGAGUGGCCGUACUGCAGCGGUGCUUCGAGAUCUACGUAAACGAUCAGUUGUACGGAUCAUUUGAGUUUGUCAAGUUUCCCAAGCAGAUAAACUACGUGCGGGCUUACGGCGACUUUGAAAAGAUCACCCAGUUCCAUCACCGCAUGCUCUUUCCGCUGGUUUUCCCGAGAACUCUCAUGUGCCCGGAUAAGGUGGCCUUCCAGAGCGAUGUGCCCCGGCGAUAUGAAACCGGAACCGUGGUUGCGAUGGAAUGCAUCGCCAAAGGGCCACCGACCACGGAGUUCUCCAUUUGUUUCCAGUGCAACGACACCGGAAGGACAGUACUCCGUUUUCAUGUGAACUUUGACAGGACAACGGUUUCACGAAGUUAUCAACGCGAAGACAACAGCUUCGCUAUUAGUGACGAGGAGACCGAGGGCGAAUUUCCAUUUGUGCGAGGAAAGCUGUUCAAGAUCGCCUUUGGCCUCGGGGAUCGUGCCUUCCUGAUCGCCGUUAAUGGUCAGUACUUCACCUACUACAAUUUCCCGGGACGCCCCUUCUCCAUUUCCACGCUGAAGUGCUUUACCAACGAGGUGGGCGAUUUUGCCGUGAGGAGCAUGGAAUACCACUCCGAUUCGCCACUUUUGGCCCGCGUGGAGAAACUAUCCAUCAUCUAAUCGAAGGGAUUUCCUGGAAUCUAACAAGAUUGUUUCGAAUUUUCGUAGAAGGCUCUUUGUUCAAUCGUUGGCUUUGAUCACCCUACAGCACCAGUUAACUUCUUCUUGUGAGCAUCCAAAUAAAGCAAAGCAGCUCUCCAUA